UCCGGAAGUCUCGCUUUGAAAGGAUGGCGGGAACAUGGCCGCGAUAUUGGAAGUCCUCUUGAAUCAAGAAGUUACCCCAGAUGCUGUAGUUUCCUGGCUAAAGAACCGCACGGAUCUUAAAAGAAUUCCCAAACAGUUGAAAGAGUAUUCAAAACUUGACCAAGAAUUUGUGCCUUUCUUUCUCAAUUAUCUUCGUGACCAAACCCUCCAUCUCCUUCAGUCCAAUCGUUCUGCCAAUCCAUCGCCAGCUAAAACACCCUCAACUCAAAAACUUAAAAAGACUGUUCACACUCGAAGGGAAGAUGGUGGCAAGAGAGUACAGUUGUUCGGAUCAAGCCCUGGUGAUGGUUUAGAGGAUAUCCGUGACACAUCAUCAUCUGUCUUUUCUCCAAAUGUUUCUAUUGACUCGCCUGGAGUUUGGAAAAAUUUGAACACUCCGUCAUCAGCAGAGAGAUCUGGGCGAGGCAGGGGACAUAGAACCCCUGGAAGUAGGGACCAGCGCCAGUCACCUCACUGUGGCAGUAGACAGUCGAAUGCAACACCAGACAGUCAUGGACAUCGAGCAAAACAAAGGUUUAGUCUGGGAGAAUUUAUUGUCUCACCAGAUGUUGACAUUAAUCAGAAUUCUAAGAAGAACUCUCCCUACUCAGGUGGGCGAAAGGACCACUCAUUUGACAACUCACCUUCUCCGUUACCUGUUAAUGGAGGGAAACGGUCCAGCGGAAAAAAGCGUCAUCCAGCUAAUAGAACAGACUUGACAAAACCAGCACCAGUGUUCAGUCUGAAUAGUGUCAGUGACUUCCCCCCUAUGGGAGGCGAAAUGGAAUAUCCCAUUAGAAAACCUGACCAGAAGGAGGAGUCUGUACUUUGUACACCAUACAUGAAAAAUUCACCAAACUUUGAUGCAACACCAAGAGGUAAUGCUAAGCCAACUGUGAUAACAAAAUCUCGUAGAAUCAGUUUUACUACUUUAAGUGAAGAGAGUACGGACUCCACCCAGAUGCCCUCUCGUCGCAUCAAACCCACGCCAAUCCAGGGCAACAAGGCAUGGCAUCACAACAGGAUGUUCUUGGACUCUGCACAGAACUCAAAGGAAACCCACACACUGGCAGGUGAAUCUGAAGGAGGGACAGAUCGGAGGGGUUCCCUGAUAGAGGAGCGAGAACUAUUGAGACAAGAAAAAGCCAAGAGACUUCAACAAGGAGAUCUGAGUAGACUGUCUGGAUUUUCUUCGCCUGGUGGUCCAAUGACUCCUACGAAGUAUUUAGAGCGGUCAAACUCAGUCCUAGAGAUAGCUGUUGCUGACCCCUCAUUUGUGACACACCAAGACCAGCUUGAUGUCCUGGCAGAACUGUAUUCCUGUUGUCUAAAAGAAAACCUGCUUCCCAACCUGGCUGUGGAAAUUUACUUUGUGGUGCAACUUAUGACAUCUCGGAGUGCUGACACUGAGCUGGUCUCCAGUACUGGCGGGCUGGAUACGAUUGACACCAACUUUUUCUGCUCUGUUCAUAAUGCUGUUUAUUUUGCUGUCAAAGUACUGGAGUCACAAGUCAGUUUCCUGAGGUGCUUAGACCGAUGUACUCUACGGCUCUUGUCAGAAAACCAAAGAAUAGCAAGCUUCUCUGAAACCCUGAUAGACUGGCUGACCCUGGAACAUGAUUCGGGCCCCAAGCCUGUCCCUGCCUUCCCUAAAUCGCCAAUAGGGGGUGUAUCAUUCCAGGCAGAAACGGACAACCGCAAAAAUUUCCCGAAUGACUGCAGUUUCCACCUCUUCAAGAAACAACGAGACACAUUUUACGAGCUGUUGAGAGAGUGGGAAGCUCAUCACAUGAGUUCCGGAUGGUCCGUAGCUGCCUUUCUAGGCGACAAGAUACGAGCGCUCAUAAACUUCAAAACAGAGCUUGCUAACCAUAUCCACUUUGCUCGACUGUUCCAGUCACAGCUUAUAACGAUGUGUAAGGGAGAUGGAAGUCUGAAGCCUGAUGGGGAUGACGAGGGUGAUGCUCUCCUUAGUCAGCUGAAAAGGACGAACCCAGAGAAAUUCAAAAGGCUGCAGGAGCGGUUCAUCAUGCCAUUGAGUGUCGGUGGACCUUGUCCUGCCCCAUCCUUCCCAGGCUGUCAGGAGUUCUUCAGGGAUUUCAUUAUGGCUGCCAGCAGUCCAAUCUUCAACCAACACCUCACAGACACAUUCUCCGCCAAAGUCAUGGAGCUGAAUGAAAUAUCCAUUGCCUCACGAGAGGAGACACCGACUGAACAGGACGCCACUGAUGAUGAAGAGAAGGACCGUUUUGUGUCGUGUCUGAUGACGGUGAGAUUGGUUGCCAAGUUUCUGGGAUUUGUGACUUUCCUGCCAUAUCAGACGGGGUCGAGGAUCUCAGAUGAGCUCAGCGCUAUGUACAUCUCCCUGCGCAGCCAUCAGUCAAUACAAAUUGACCUUGCUAGAUGCCUGAAGACAGCCUUCUUCCUUGGACAACUGACCUUGACUGUUCCAUGGGUGGUGGAGUUCCUGAGUAUGAUGGAUCAGAUAGCCCCCAAUCUAGAACCUAUACAGAUAGCACUGUUUGUUCUACUGUAUAUACACCAGCAGACUUGGGGGAGUGGACAGUUUACCAACACCUGUUAUGCCAACCUUUUAGUCAUAACCACCAUCAGCUGGCUGUUUGAGAAUGCUGUGAUACCAGAAGGAUUUUUCUUCUCCGAGAUCCCUGGUGAAGUUGUCUCCAUGGGAACCUCACUAGACCAUCAAACAGGUGUUUCACUGGACAGGAUGGGAUUUGUGGACCAAAAGUUGUAUUACACCUGCUGUCCUUACAUGGGGGAGAUCCGAACCCUACUGGUUGAGUUUUCUGUGGGUAGCAGCAGUAAGAAUUCAACCAUCAGAAAGAUAACGCCCAUAUCUGCUGACGACCGCUCUCAGCCAUCAAUGACAGAGAGACAAACACAGCUCCACCUGGAAGAGAACUUUUUCCACAACCAUCCUGCGUCACUGAGAAGGACGGUUGAUUUUGUGGCAGAUCGAACAGCCUCUAACUACAUAAAGAGAUUUCGGUCAACUCUACUGGUCUCAUCCAUCAGGGAAAGUAAAACACGACUGUCAGAUCACAUGGAAACUCAGGAAAACUCCUCUCCAACUGCCAAGGCCAAAGACAAACUACAGUCACAAUUACUCAAGAUUUCCCAAGAUUGUGUUCAGCAGGUCAAGGCAACAUCUGCCACAGAAGUAGAAGGUUACUGUGAGAAAAAGAUAGAUGCUGCCCUCACUUUACUUCUACCUGAUGAGCAGUCUCGCACGGUCGUCACCAUGGCAACAAAGAUCUGUCUUCGUAUCACGAUGGAAAAGAUCCAGCAAUGGAUGACCAAACACAUCACAACAGCUAUGUACCAGAGUGAGCUUCAGACUGAAUUGGAGCGCAUCCUUAAAGCCUUCAUGCUGACACAACAGAAGUCUAACGAGGCUGCUGAGGCAGGUCACCCUGGCAGCAAUGUAACCCUGGAAACUGAGGGAUGCACGGACGUUAUUGCUAAGGAACAUGAUCACAGUGUCCCAAGUCCGUCUGAUGUUCUUAUUGAAAUCAAGCAAGUAGUAAGGGGCGUUACUUUUGGACGUGUGGUACCAAGUGAAGUGGAGAUAAAAUCUGUGAUUUCCCAAGUACAAACUGUGAUAAAGAAGAGACAGGAUGUUCUACCCGGAGUGUAUGUCGCCUACGGACAGCUAGUCAUGGACCUGUGCCUCGCUCUUGUGCAGUGUUCUCCAGACCAGUGGUCAAAUAACAAGUUGGAUGUAUUCUUUGUCCUGUGGAGAACAGACCUGGAGAAGUUCACACCACUGCGAGGUUUUCUGUGUCCACGCGUUGUUCUUCAGAUGAACAACUGCAGCAAUCCUAAGUUGACCUGGUCGGUGUAUAGUCGUGUGCUGAUGCGACUAUUAGAGGAGCACCUGUUGUCCUGUGUCCAGCUCAGUAAAAUGUGUCAGAAUACCCUACAGGCCAUACAGGAUGACGUGACCAACCUGGGCUGGUGUAUGUGUGACGUUGUGGAUCACAUCCAUGGUCGGGGCCUGUGUGUGUCGCCUCUGACAGACAUACUUGAUUGGUUACUCCAGCUUGCUGGUCUCGAUUCUUUAUUGGCCAAGCGCAUCACCAGAACAACAAAACUUGUGUGUCAAAACCAGCCUACAGCUAUUGCAGGUCCUGAUGUACAACUGGUGUGUCCAGACCCGAUUAUAGCCCACACGAGUUCUAGUGUAAAACUAGUUUGUCCAGACCAGGCUACAGAACACACAGAUAAAAGUGGACGCCACAAAUUAGAGGAUGUCACAGUGUAUCUACCAAUUGUUCACAUGAAUCAGGGACAUAAUUUGACUUGUAGUAAAAGUGAUACAAGUGAACUGGAUGUUGCUAUUAAGAGGACAGAGGAAAUCACCCUAGCUAAUCAUAGUAGCUUUAUCAGUAACUCGGUAACAUGAAUGUUGGCUUCUACAUAGAACGAACAGUGAGAAUCACAUUUGGAUACAAAUUAUUAAAUUAUUAUUUGGAUUGGAA